AGAACAAGCUGUCUACAAAAAAAAAGGAAAAAGUGAGAGAGAGCAGCACACAAAUCCUUUUUCCACCACACAAAUCCUCCUUAAAAAGAUUCAAUUUUGAUCAGUAAUCAGCCAUGAAAGAGAAGAAUUUCAAGAGCAUGGAAGAAUUCUGGCCAUUUUAUGUGAGCCAGCACUCGAAAGCGGCGACACGGCGGUGGCAUUUUGCGGGGACCCUUUGCAGUAUGGUGUGUUUGAUAUACGCAGUGAUGUUCAAUUUGUGGUUUUUGAUAGUGGUGCCUUUGAUUGGAUACGGGUUGGCGUGGUACAGUCAUUUCUUCGUGGAAGGGAAUGUGCCUGCAACUUUUGGGCACCCUUUUUGGUCUCUGUUUUGUGAUUACAAAAUGUUUGGAUUGAUGCUCACUGGCAACAUGGAUGCAGAAAUCAAGAGGCUCGGCAAGAAGCCCAUCUUCACCUAUUAGUUUUCCUCCAUAGAUCAGAUUUUGUGUGCCUUGAAAAUAUUUGAAUAAAAAUUGUAACCCACAUCUUUUUGGGUACCCUGGGGUGAUUCAUGUUAAUUGCACAUGUAGAUAAUGUUCAAUUAUUAGAUUUAUCUGUAAGGCUAUAUUUCAUACACGGAAUUGAAAUUACAUUCAAAUUA